AUGCAGUCUCCCCCUUCAAAUCCUCCUCGUGGACCUGAUUUGACUGAGGUGAGAUUUCCUUUUGUCAAUAAACAGCCCAACUGCCCUCGGAGCAUCUGUCUGAAUACUGCAAGAUUGCUGCGCUUGGGCUAUGGGAAGCAGCACCUCCACCCAACACCACUUUGCUUUCCAGAAUGCAGAAAAAGGAUCACACAGAAACAUCACCCUAGCAAAGAUGCUGGCAAAAGGAGGCACUCGGGGGCUUUCUGGCAGCUCUGCUCACAGGCUUUCUUCUCCAUCCAUGUCACAGCCUUCAAGGCAGCCGCUCUGAUCCAGAGGUGGUACCGGCGCUACGUGGCUCGCCUGGAGAUGAGGCGGCGUUGCACCUGGAGCAUCUUCCAGUCCAUAGAGUAUGCUGGGCAGCAAGACCAGGUCAAGCUCCAUGAAUUCUUCAGCUACCUUAUGGAUCACUUCACCCCCAGUAGCCACAAUGAGAGGGACUUCUUAAACCGCAUGCUCACUGAAGAGAGAUUCCCCAAGGACCCUGAGAUGGAGAAAUGCGGUGACUACAAAUCCAUAGAGGUUCCGGACUCCUACCGAGGGCCACGUCUCUCCUUCCCACUCCUUCCAGACCACGCCACUGCCUUGGUGGAAGCUUUCAGACUGAAACAACAGCUCCAUGCACGCUAUGUCCUGAAUCUCUUACAUGAAACCAGGAAGCACCUCAUACAGCUGCCAAACAUCAACCGCGUAUCGACCUGUUACAGCGAGGAGAUCACAGUGUGUGGAGAUUUGCAUGGCCAGUUGGAUGACUUAAUAUUUAUAUUCCAUAAGAAUGGCCUUCCAUCGCCAGAGCGGGCCUAUGUGUUCAACGGGGACUUUGUGGAUCGAGGCAAUGAUUCAAUAGAGAUCCUGAUGGUUCUCUUUGCCUUCAUGCUGGUUUACCCAAAAGAAUUCCAUCUCAAUCGAGGAAACCAUGAGGACCACAUGGUGAACUUAAGGUAUGGCUUCACCAAAGAAGUAAUGUCUAAAUAUCAGAUACAUGGCACGAAAAUACUAAAAACACUGCAGGAUGUUUUCUCUUGGCUUCCAUUAGCCACUCUGAUUGAUGAGAAAGUCUUGAUUCUUCAUGGUGGUGUGUCAGACAAGACAGACCUGGAGCUUCUAGCUAAAUUAGACAGACAUAAGAUUGUUUCCACUCUGAGAUGCAAAACGAGAAAGAAGAGUGAGAAACAGUUGGAGAAUAAGAGUAAAGUCGACCCGACAAGCUCUCCAGGGAGGCCGACCCCCUGGUUUCUUCCCCAGAGCCGCUCUCUCCCAUGUUCGCCCCCACACCCUAAGUCUCCCAAGAGUCCCAAAGCUGGACGCUCCUCCAGCAUCCCCUGCAGCCUUUCUCUGGACCAGGGAGAGUUCAACCGGCAGGUGCGGCACUCCGUGGACAUGGACCUGGACAGGUGCCAGCAGCAGUCAGGCUUCCGUGAGAUCCAGGAGAAGGGGGAGACCUUGCUCCUCAUGGCUGACGUGGGAUCUGAUGCUGGGGAUCUGGAGCCCACUCAGGAGGAGUGGAAGCAGGUUGUAGAUAUUCUGUGGAGUGAUCCAAUGGCUCAGGAGGGCUGUAAGGCCAACACUGUGCGAGGAGACGGCUGCUACUUCGGGCCUAAUGUGACAGAACAGUUGCUACAGAAAUACAACCUGCAGUUUCUGAUUCGUUCUCAUGAGUGCAAACCUGAAGGCUAUGAGUUCUGUCACAAUCGCAAGGUACUAACCAUCUUUUCUGCCUCCAACUACUAUGAAGUUGGCAGUAACAGAGGAGCCUAUGUCAAACUGGGACCAACCUUGACCCCUCAUAUUGUACAAUAUCAAACUAACAAGGCAACUCACUCGCUAACCAUGAUGCAAAGGAUUAGCAGAGUAGAAAAAUCAGCUCUGAGAGCUCUUCGAGAAAAGUUAUUUGCUCAUUCUUCAGAUCUUCUGAGUGAAUUUAAGAAGCACGAUGCAGACAAAACUGGUUUAAUCACCCUGAGUGACUGGGCAACAGCUGUGGAGUCUGUGUUGCAUCUAGGACUGCCAUGGCGGAUGCUGAGGCCUCAACUGGUGAGCAGCUUAACAGAGAACAUGCUGGAGUACAAGUCCUGGCUGAAGGACUUGGCCAAAGAACAGCUAAGCCGGGAGAAUAUACAGUCAAGUUUGCUGGAGACCCUGUAUCGAAAUAGAUCCAACUUAGAGACCAUUUUUAGGAUCAUAGACAGUGAUCAUUCAGGGUUCAUCUCACUGGAUGAAUUCAGGCAGACCUGGAAGCUGUUCAGUUCUCACAUGAACAUUGACAUCACGGAUGACUGCAUCUGCGACCUCGCCCGGAGCAUUGACUUCAACAAGGACGGUCACAUUGACAUCAAUGAGUUCCUGGAGGCCUUCCGCCUAGUGGAGCAGUCCUGCUUGGAGGGAAGUGCCUCGGAUUGCCCACAGGCCACCGACACUGAUGACAGUAGCUGCAGCAGGCCAGCCAUAAGGAAAUACUACAUUUCUUCAAACAGCCUGAAUGAUGCUUCCCUGGUUGAACCUCUAGAUGAGAAUGAAGACUCACCUUCAAACUGUGGCUGUGAGACUCGGAGCUGA